UUCGUGUGCUGCGUCGCCUCGCCACCGCCUUGCACGCGCCAUCGCCUCGCCUGCGCGUGCUGCGUCGCCUUGCCCUUCAAACGCGCAGCGCCGCAUUCUCGGCACCUUCCAACCCCGGCGGCUCUCGUCGUCCGCAACCCUCGGCAUCUCCCUCGAAUUCAAGUAUCCACUCCGGUAGCCCCUCAUCGAUCCCACGGUUUCCGAAUAUUUGAAGGUUUAGAAAAAUGAAUUCGAGGGUGGACAAUCUAGUUAGGAGGAGGGCGGAAGAUGAGGAUGAGAUGAUGCUAUUUAUAUUACCUACAGUGUACCUUUUAAGUAGCAAUGGAGGAAGGAAAAAGAGACCUAGGCAUACAUCUAAGCUGUCUGGCAAAGAGAAACUAAAAGAAAUCUUAGAGGGACAUCCGAAGAACUGUUGUGUUGCAUUCCGCAUGGAGCCAAUUGUCUUUAGAGAGAUUGCGGACUUUCUCAAAAGAGAGCAUCUGUUACGUGACACAAGGGGUGUGAGAGUGGAUGAGAGAUUAGGAUUCUUCCUAUUUAUGCUGUCUCAUAAUGCUAGUUAUGAGGAUCUGCAAUAUGAAUUUAAACACAGUGGUGCGACCAUCCAUCGCCAUAUUAAGGCAGUUUUCAAUAUAAUCCCAGCUCUCACCUAUAGAUUUGUGAAGCCUGCUAUUGGAACUGGUCCACACUGGAAGAUUAGUACAGAUCCUCGGUUCUUUCCCUACUUCGAAAACUGCCUAGGAGCCAUUGAUGGUACUCAUAUUCCUAUUACCAUCGAUGAAGAAAAGCAAGCUCCCUAUAGGAACCGCAAGGGUACAUUGAGCCAGAACGUGGUGCUAGCAUGUGAUUUUGACCUGAACUUCACUUUUAUAUCAUCUGGUUGGGAGGGCUCUGCUACAGAUGCUAGGGUUCUGAGGUCUGUAUUACUUAGAGGAUUUCAUGUUCCUGAGGGCAAAUAUUAUCUUGUUGAUGGUGGAUAUGCUAACACACCAUCUUUCCUUGCACCCUAUCGUGGCGUCCGUUACCACUUAAAGGAGUUUGGCCAUGGUCAUCAUCGGCCAAGCAAUUAUAAGGAGCUAUUCAAUCAUCGCCAUGCAUUGCUGCGGAAUCACAUAGAGAGAGCAAUCGGUGUUUUGAAGAAGCGCUUCCCUAUCUUAAAAAUUGGCACACAUCACCCAAUUGAGAACCAAGUGAAGAUACCAGCAGCAGCAGUGAUAUUUCACAAUCUUAUACGGAUGUAUAAUGGGGAUGAGGGUUGGUUGGAUCAUCAACCAGAUAACAUACCACCAGAAGAUUUUGUUGAUCUUCCUGAAGGUGACGAUCACUAUAACAAUGAUGUGAUGUCACUUACUAGUCAAAUAGAUAAUGGGAAUUAUCUUAGGGAUAUGAUUGCAAUGAAUAUGUGGAAUGACUAGUCACAACCAGUCCUGAUUUUUUUUAUAAUAUGGCUUUUUGGUGAUGUAUGCAAGAGGUUCGCCAAAGUUCAACAUGAUGCAAGCUACAUCUAAGCAAAGGAAGUUGUCACCAAGAGGUGGUGGUGUACACAAGAGAGCAUCACCUAAAGCAACACAGCAAGUGGUUCGCAAAAGAGCAAAUUGGAAUCUAGGACUUGAAAAGGGUUUGGUUGAACUUCUACACUACCACAACAAUGAUUGUUACAAAAGUCAGAAUGGAUGGUCCUCAGAGGCAUGGAAUAGAAUUAUAAAAAUGUUUCAAGAAAGGUUUACACAUGUUUCUUUCUCGAGGUUGCAAAUUCAAGAGAAAGAGAAGGAACUGAAGAGGGAUUACAACCUACUCAAAGAAGCUAAAAAACAAAGUGGGGUACAUUGGAAUGAAGUUUUGGGCCUUAUUGAAGCUAAACCCCCAAUUUGGGAUAACAUAAUCCUGUCCUAUCCUAAAGCUAAAAAGUUCCAGACCAAGCCUUUUCCCUUGUUUGAUUCACUUGGAGAGUUGUAUGAUGGACAUGUAGUCGAGGGAUCCUUGAACUUCACAUCUCUUGAGCCAACAACAUUAGAACCAGCAAGGGGCACAAAAGUCGGUGCUAGUGAAGACUUGGAGCUUGACGACAACAAUUCUGCACAAUUUGCCAAUCUUGAUGAUGAUGACAGUGAUGAUGAAGUGAGGAUCUUGCAACAGUCCGAACCAAGAUGUGUUGCUGCUAUGGGAUCAAAUAGGCCUAGGCCUGCUGCAACAAGGUCAGGAAAAGAACCUACUGCAACAAGUUCAGGAAAAGAACCUACUGUACCAAGAUCAAGAAAAGAACUUAAUGCAACAAAUGGAGGAGUCAAGGUUGGGAAAAGACAGAAUCAAGAAAAUAUCACUGGCAUGUUGAAGAAUUACAUGGAAAUGAAAGCAAAGCAAAUUGAAGAGGAGGCUGCAGAAAAAGCAAAGACUGUAGCAGAAGAAGCUGAUUACUCUAUCAAGAAUUGCAUAAGUCUUGUGAACAGUAUUGAAGAACUCUCUAGUGAGGAAAAGGCUGAAGCUUUUAAUGUGUUCAAGGAUGCACAAAACAGGCAGAUCUUCAUGACUGCGGAACCUGUUGCACGCCUAAUAUGGCUGAGGAACAAAAUACGGAAAGGGGAUGUUAAUUCUGUAUUGAGGGGUGGUUCUACUUUGGCUUGAGGGCUAACUGAUGCAUAUCAAGAGGUUUUGGUAGCAUACGACUUAUUUUGGUUUAGGGCUACUGAUGCAAAUCUGGAGGUUUUGGUAGCAGGCGACUUGUUUUGUUUCAGGGCUACUAAUGCAUAUUAGGAGCUUUUGAUAGCAGACGACGUGUUUCUAAUUUUUUUAACCUGAUAAUUAUGCAUGAGUAACUCAUUUGUGGGCAUUUUGAGAGCAAUCUGAUUGUCUUGUACUAGGGCAAUGUACUGCCAAAAGUUGUUCCUUUCAGAUUGUGCAGAACUUAGUGUUUGUGAGGCAUGUCAUAUAUGCAGUUCGCACUUGAGCCAUUCAAAUAAUUUCACUGAUCUGUUAUCAGUUUGUUGUUUGAUUGAGGAUGUA